GCUAUUGAUGAAGAUGAUUAUUACGAAAAAUCGACCGAGUUCCGACUCUGGUUACGAGAAUCCAAGCAUAUUUAUUUUGAUGAACUUGAGGCAAAAGAGGCUCGACGCUACUUUAAGAAAUUUGUUAAGAAAUGGAACCAGCAUGAAUUGAAAGAGAAGUACUAUCAAGGGUUCAAUUCUUCAGCACAAUUGGAAGCUUCAGAAUCGACUCGAUAUAAAUGGGCAUUUGCAAAUAAAUUGAAUAAGUUUGAACUAGAUACAGUGAGGGAUUCAGUAGAUAGCAUGACAAGUAAAGGAGCUGCUUCACCCAGCAUUAAACGAAGAGCGGCCCCUUUGGGACCCGCUUUACCCGAUACAUUUGAUAAGGAGGAACAAUACGAAAGUGAACGAUACAAUCGCAAAUAUGAAGCGAGAAAAGAGAAAGAAAGACGUGAAGCCAUAUUAGACGAAGUAGCGCCUAGAGAAACAGGGCGUGAAGCAGCUCUCGCGAAAAAACGUGCUCUCAAUGCCUAUCAUAAACGCGAACGUAGUCCUGAUGUUGAACUUUCGGAGGCAGAUUUGAUGGGUGGAGAUGAUUUCCAGGCAAGACUAAUGGCAGAAAGACGAGCAAAGGAAAGAAGAGAGGCGAGACAGGCAGAAAGGCGGGAACAGAGAUUGGCGCCUAUUAAGAGUAAAAUGGAAGAAUAUAAGGCGAAAGAAGAUGCUACAAUGGCUAUGUUUCGAAAAAUGGCAGAGGAGCAGAAAAAGAGGGGUGCUUAUUAA